CGAUCACCAAAACAAGUCGCAAAGGUCAAGGCAAUGGGGAAGACAAUCGAGAGUCAAUGAGUCAGAGUCAGUCAGUCAGUCAGUCUCAGUAGUGAGUUGAAGUGUGUCGCGGACGCAGUGAGCGUGUUCAAGGAUGUCUCCGGCAGCGUCGUUUGGGGAACGAUGGGCCCGCGACAACCUGGACAGAGAAGCUUCACCAGAAGAGAUCCAGACCCUCGACUUGUUUCCUGUCACUUGUGGAGGAGAUCUGGCAGAGGCAGCCAAGAGGGCGAGGAGGUACUACACUGCAAGAGGAGCCAGCGGUUUGACAGAGCUGUGGCAUAGAAGCCAUCCCGAUGAUGAAGACAUACUCUCUAGCUGUCAAGAUGCUUACAUCGUCCCACUACGCGUCAGGAGCGUGGGCGGGCGGCGCGUGACGCUGGUGCGCCUGCCCGCGCCCACCGCCCUGGACCGACCGCUGUGCGCCCACGCCUUGCUCUCUAGGUGGCUCAUGAUAUUGGAUUUGAGAUUACGUGAGGACCCAACACCCGGCGAAGAAGUUGUCUUCAUAGAUGUGUGUGACUUACAACCUUCGCAUCUCAAGAACCAUUUGAGAGGCACCUAUUGGAAGGACUUCGUGUGGUGUAUGAAG